CUCUGGUGGAGUGUGUCAGAAAGAAACAGGGAAAACUGUUCAGGAGAGGCCGCCAUGGAUGCUUCCCUUGCCAUCCAGCCGUCGGCGGUGGUGAUCGAGGACAAGGAGCGAACGUGUGACUCCUUGCUCAUGUGCAUUGUCACAGUAUUGAGUCACGGCCUCAGGAGUGGAGGAGGUGUUGGGGACGUCCUACGGAAGCCAUCCAAAGAGGAACCCCUUUUUGCAGCCAGAGUGAUCUACGAUCUGCUCUUCUUCUUCAUGGUCAUCAUUAUUGUCCUCAACCUCAUCUUUGGUGUCAUCAUUGAUACUUUUGCUGACCUGAGGAGUGAGAAGCAGAAGAAAGAGGAAAUCCUAAAGACAACAUGUUUUAUUUGUGGGUUGGAGCGGGACAAGUUUGACAAUAAGACAGUUACCUUUGAAGAACACAUCAAAGUCGAGCACAACAUGUGGCAUUACCUGUUCUUCAUCGUUCUGGUGAAGGUGAAGGAUUCCACAGAGUACACUGGACCAGAGAGCUAUGUAGCUGAAAUGAUCAGGGUAAGUAUCUUGUCAUGCACAUGCAUUUUGCUUUGUAACUGUUCAAAAGUCCUACAUACAAGCAAACCUUCAGUCCUACACUGCAGUGCUUAGAGACCUGAGAGAGGGAAUUCAUAAAUACAUUUGAUUUAUACAAAUUCUCUGUCCAGUUCACCCCACCUUGUUUGCCACUACAAAUAACAAA